AUGCUAAAUCCAGCAGCGCCAGUCUUAAAAGUAUGCGAAUUCUACUCGGGCAUUGGAGGUUACCAUUUAGCGCUAUCACAGAUUCCAGAACUAUCCUACAAAGUUGUCGCUGCUUUUGAGAUUUCUUCUAACGCUAAUUGUAUCUACAGAGCGAAUUUUCCGGCAACCAGUGUUUUUGAGACCAAUUUGUGUGGUCUGACUGCGGCUCGGCUUGAAUCUAUAAUUAAGAAAGCAAGUGCGAAUCAUGAUCAGGAUUUUAAAUCACGUGACGAGAAUGAUACAUCACGUGAUAAAGUGAUGUUUGUCAUGUCGCCACCAUGUCAGCCUUUCACCCGGCAAGGAGUUAUGAAGGAUGAACUAGAUCCACGGUCAGAGAGUGUGAUUCAUCUUUUUGAUAUGUUCUCGGAUUUAUCUUCAUUACCGGAUUAUUUUUUAUUGGAGAACGUAAAAGGGUUUGAAACAUCGAAUACCCGAAAUAAUAUUAUGCAAUUCUUUACCCAACAUCAAUAUCAUGUUGUCGAAUUUCUGAUCAACUCAAACCAAUUUGGAAUUCCCAAUUCGAGAUUAAGAUACUAUCUGUUAGCUAGAAAACAACCUUUUCCGGAAAACAUACAAUCAUUUGCAGACAAUAAAAACAGUUUAUUAUCCUUCAUUCCUGGCUGUGAAGACUUCGCCACCACUCCUCCCCUGUUAGAGUUUCUCCAGGAGGAUCCCGCCAGUUGUCAGUUAUCAGACAAAUUCCUAUCAAAAUGGGGCUGGGUACUGGACAUAGUGACUCCUAGCUCCACAAGAUCUUGUUGUUUUACUAAAGGAUACAGUGUUAAAGCGGAGGGAUCUGGGUCUGUUAUCCAGCAGACUCCUGACCCCUCACCUGGUGAUCUGACACGACAGGAGCGAAAUGAGACACCACAGGAGCGAAGUAAUCCUCCUUCAGAUUUGUCACGUGAUAAGACAGAUAAUGGGAGAAGUAUGUGUAAUUCUAAGUUGAGUGACGGAGAGUUUCUGCAACACAUGAGGUCGCUAAAUCUAAGGUUGUUCGCCCCCCGUGAGAUUGCACGAAUUCAUGGAAUUCCUGAGUGGUAUUCGUUCCCCGAAUCUUUGUCUGAGAAACAGUUGUACAAACUGUUGGGAAACGGUCUGAAUGUUACUGUAGUUAAAUUAUUAAUCGAAAGAAUUCUUCUUAGCUGAUCAUUUGAGUUACGGUUCAUUAAUAUUGUUUAGUAGAAGGGGUUAUUUUAUUUUCACGGCUCUUUCGAUUUUUCAGUCGCGAAAUU